CAAAGCACACACUGUCCUUGUGCUGCCCGCCAGUGGUGCUCUCUUCAGUCACUGGUGCAGCGGGACUGGGUCGCUUGUUUCCAUUCUUGCUGCCGCGUGUCAGCACCUGUUUGCCAUUGGUCGAGGACGGUGAGACGUCCAGCUUUGACUGAAAAAAAGAAGAAGCGUAUGCCUGAGAGACAACUUUUCAAUGGCUACCUCAGGCCCCACCUCUUCUGCCUCCAUCACUGCUGCUGUGCCUGAGAGUUUCCAUUAUGAAACCAAGUACAUCGUGCUCAACUACUUGGCAAUGCUGCCUGUUAGUAGAUCACAGACGCUAAACAUUUCUCAAGAAGAUGCCCAAAAUGAGAGGCGCACAAUGAUAAAAGGGCAUGAGGAAGAGCUGCGACAACUGGACGAUGAAAUCGCUGCAUCCUUUUCCACGACGGGCUUUGACCGGCACACAUCGCUGGUGUUUAAUCCCGUGGUCCCAGAGACCUCUAUUGAAGACUGCCUUGCUGCGAUGGGAGACCGCGUGGACGCAGAGCUCGACACACACCUGGAAGCAGCUGUACACACACUCCUCGCAGGGCCUCUGGACUAUGAGCGAUUCAGAGACACAACCCGGGAUCUCUCCAUACACACACAGGGAGGCUGGAGCAAGGUGCUGGUACCUUUGGUGCUCCUCCAGGCUUUACAAAGCGAAGGACAGUCGCUGACAACUCUGUUGCAUCUGGGAAUGCGCUUCCUAGAGGAGGAGGAAGCCGGCUACAUCAUCCAGCAGGGGGGAUGGGGUGAAGUCUUCAGCCUUGAGCCCGAGGAGCGAGGUUUGACCAUUGCUGAAGACAGCAACGACAUUUACAUCCUCUCAGGGGACCAGCAUCCGGACCAGCUCAGCCCCCCCUCCUCGCUGCUCUGCACUGGAGGCAACAGCAGUCAACAGAGCUCCUGGCAGACAGAAAGCUUACCCGUGUCUCUGGCCGGUCACGAGUCUUGGGCACAGAUUAGCGCGAUGGACCCCGAAGACAUGAAGAGCUUGGACAGCAAUGAGGGCGUGGCUCUGGCCGAGGAGCGCAGCGAGAACAACUCCUCAAACUCGGACAUCGUCCACGUCGAGCGCGAAGAUGCUGAGCUGCUCGGGGAAGGAAGCGAAGUUGGAGCAAUAGACGAAAGCAUGAUGAGCAUUUUAGGCACAGAGAGUGAGCUGGCCGAGCUCAGGGAAGAAUUUAGGGACCAGACUCCACCUGUUCUGGUGUCAGCCGAGGCAGACUCGACAGAGCCGGCCUCCCUGCUUUCAUUCGAGGACCCAGUUGUAAUAGAGACGCCUGCAAGCUUGUCGGCGGAGCCCUCCCUCAUCUCCUUAGAACCAGAGCUGCCUCCCCCUCCCUCUGAGCCUGAACCUGCAGCCCCUUUAUCUGUUCCUGCAGUAGAACCAGAGCCUGACCCAGAACCCGCUGCUGCAACCGCCCCAGUGCCUGGUGAAGUGGCACCCCAAUCUCCAGCCAAGGAAACCCCAUCAGCACCAGCAGAGGCCGAUGCCACCUCAGAACCCGCUGCCGAACAGGAGCCAGAGCCUGUCACAGUGCCUCCCCAGCCAGAGGAGCCAGAACCAGAGACUUUGGCGGAGGCGGAGGCCCAGCUGGCUGCACUCGUUGUCCCAGAGGCUGUAGUGGCCCCCGUAGAACCCCCAGCUGAGGAGCCACCAAUGCAGCCGGAACCAGAAUCAGAGCUCCAAGUGAUGCUUUAUGGAGGUGCUGCACUGGUGGUCCUCGUGGCUGUAAUGGCAUACGGCAUCAUGAGCUACAGGAGGAAGUAGAACAUCUUUCUUAGGGUCGGAGAAUGUAAAUUACACAAUGUUAAGGUAGAAAUAAAUGUAUUAGUACACACAUGGUGAGACUCUUCUUACAAAUUGUGUUGGAUGUACUAAAGGAGGUGGCUUUUUCUGCUAUUCUUUUGAGGGUUUUAAAUCUGUGAAAAUGCCCCCUAGGCAACCAAAACCUCACCUCAACCUUACUGCUGUGACUCCAACUUCAAACACAGGAAGAGGACAAGAAUGCACUCCAUUAUGCUCCUUACUUUUGGUGUUUUUCUUCUCCUCUUAAGACUCCAGCCCUUUUGUCUUUGAUUGGAACGUUUGUGUUCAUUUCUCUUCCGCUUGAUUUGGUUUCUGUAAUCUGUGGCUCACCGUUGGGACUGUUUUGAGUCAGUUCUACAUUGGAAAUCCACUGAUAACUCCCUUAGCUGACAUAAACCUCAAAGUUCAUAUUAACAGUUGCUGUGAGACUUUUAGCUUCCUCUCCUUCUAUGCAGAAAAGUGGCAUUUAUUCAUAUGUUCCUCCUCGAACUAAGAUGACAAUUUUUCUCUUUCUGAUUAACAAACCAAAUGUAUAUGGAAAAGAAAGUUAGCAACUACAUGCAUCAUCGCUUAGAUUUCAUCUUUCCAUAUUCCACAAGGGAUUUGUAUCAUUUUACAGACAACAUAUUUUAGUUCUCGUAUAUUGAAACAAUGAUUUUGCCGCAGAUUGGAUGAAAAUAUUUAAAUGAGUCCUGAGAAAACUCUUCUGCUGCUUGGCAAAGAAUGUGAAUUCAGUCAUCCCUGUUGAUGUGAACACAAUUCAGGUUUGAAUAUUUUUUCUGCUAUGUCUGUGUUUUACUUUGUUCCCGUCGCUAUGACUGCUCCACUGCUUAUAACGUAACGACUAAUGCCACAACUUUACAAGGACUAUUGCAUCAGUUAGGAUGUCCACUCCAUACCCUCAAGAAGAAAAUGGGUUCUUCAGCGACAAUCAAAAUGGCAUCAACGUGUUUGUAUGACACAGAAAAUGCGGUUAAUAAAGAUUUGGUUUUUGAAGCAG